AUGCCGCAAGCUACCACCAGCCACUCCUCCAAGCAGAACUACCCCGUCAUUGGAUACCCAACGGCUGCGGCCAACGCAGUCAGCGCGCCCAUCCAGAGCACGACCAUCACCACCUACAGCGGCACCACGGUUCCUCUGUCCGUUGCCCGUCGCCAGCAGAACAAUGUCGUCGCCUCAACCCGCGACGCGCGGACGCGGCACGAGGGCUGGGUCACGGUCCGCGAGGGGGGCUUCAUGCAGGCAUGGAAGCAGCGCUUCAUGAUCCUGCGCCACGAUUGGCUCGACUUCGCCAAGGCCGAGGGCGGCAAGCCCCUCUACACGCUGUUCCUCAAGGAGAUUGUCGGCAUCGGGCGCGCCGAGACCACCGGCAUGCCCACCAUGGAGAUUCGCCGCCGCCUCGACGCCGCCGGGUCCUCCUCGACCAGCCCCGGCGAGCGCGACGGGCCGUUCAAGGUGCUGCACAUCCGCACCCGGUCGGAGCGCGAGCUCUACGCCUGGACCGACCACGUCCACGCCGCCUGCCCGAGCCUCGGUGGCGUCGGCAACCCGACCAACGUCCUGCACGAGGUGCACGUCGGCUUCGACGCCGCCACGGAGCAGUUCGUCGGCCUGCCCCAGCAGUGGGUGCAGCUGCUGAGCGCCUCGGCCAUCACCAAGGAGGACUACGCGCGCAACCCGCAGGCCGUCAUCGAGGCCGUCGACUUCUACUCGGACUUGCAGAAGCAGGCCGGCGACCCGGAGGGCUUCUACGCCCUCUCGCCGACCAAGAUCUCCCGCAUCGAGGACCGCCUGCCCGCGAGCGACUCCACCACGUCUCUCCAAAACCUGGCGGCGGCUGCUUCUGAGUCCCCGGUGGAACGAGUGGAGAGAGCCCCCCCUCCCGCUCCGGCGGCCGAGAGGACCCCAUACACAAAGACAACGCCAAGGGUGCCGGACCUCGUCCCCACCCGGCCGCCACCGGCGGCGCCGAGGUUGGCGCCGAAGCUGCCCGUUGUCCCGGUCUGGAAGUACGACGACCAAGAGCAGUCUCCCUCGCCUCCUCGCCGCGUCGAGGCCCAGGUUGCGCGGCAGUCGCCCUCACCACCUCCCCGGGAGUCGCCACCACCGCUUCCGCCGCCACUUGCAGUGCAAAAAGCGCCGCCGCCACCACCGCCAGCAGCCGUAAAGUCCAUGCCGGACACCGUCACGCCGCUCAACAUCCCUUCGGCAAACCGCAGACAGGCUAUCCGGCACGUGACGACGUCCGAGGCGGAGCUGAUCGCCAAGCUGCAGCCGCUCAUCUCCAGCAGCGACCCCAGCCUGUCGUACCAGAAGCACAAGAAGGUCGGUCAGGGCGCGUCGGGCUCCGUGUAUGUGGCGACGAUCCGCAGCACGGCGGUUGGUGUCGCGCAGGAGCUGGUGCGCACGAGAGGGCCCAAAACGCGCGUGGCCAUCAAAGAGAUGAACCUGGCGCGGCAGCAGAGGAAGGAGGCGCUGUUGGAUGAGAUUUCCAUAAUGAAGGAGGGCAAGCAUAAAAAUGUUAUCAAUUUUCUAGACGCGUUUCUCGUCAAUGAGAACAGGAUGCUCUGGGUGGUGAUGGAUUACAUGGAUGGCGGUGCCUUGAUCGACCUGAUUGACAAUAAUCCGAGCAUCAGCGAACGACACAUUGCCACUCUGUGUCGUGAGACCUGUCUCGGCUUGCAACAUCUUCACUCGAAGCAAAUCGUACACCGGGAUAUUAAAAGCGACAACGUCCUCAUUGACUCUCGGGGCAACGUCAAGAUCACCGACUUUGGCUACUGCGCCAAGUUGACGGCGCGCCGCUCCAAGCGCGCCACCAUGGUCGGCACGACGUACUGGAUGGCGCCCGAGGUGGUACGGCAAAAGCGUUAUGGUUACAAGGUGGAUGUGUGGUCGCUGGGCAUCAUGGCCAUCGAGAUGGCCGAGUCGGAGCCGCCGUACAUGGACAUGGAGCCGAUGCGCGCGCUGUACCUCAUCGCCACGGGCACCGCGCCGCCGCUGCGCGAGCCCCAGCGCCACAGCUCCCUGCUGAAGCAGUUCUUGGCCACGUGUCUGGUGGUGGACGCUGAGCGGCGCGCGACGAUCGAGGUGCUGCUGGGCCACGACUUCUUGCGCUCCGGCGGCGACACGAGCGAGUUGCUGGAGCUGCUGGCGUUUAAGAACAUUUGA